AUGUCUGAAUCGAGUUGUACCUCAAGCAAGGUUACCUUGUCUGUUCAACCCAAGCGCAAGGACGGCGUGAAGGCCGCAGGCGCUCAGUCGCGAGAACAGGUAUCAUUGACGGACGAGAGCGUCAAGAUUUACUGCAGAGACAAGCUCGCUGAGGAGAAGGUCAAGGCCGAGGCUGCCGUUCAGGUGGCCAAGCUAAACAUGGAAUCGGCCAUCCGGGUGGCCGAAGCGCAGGCCCAAGCGCAGACCGAAAUCUGCAUGUGGGCGCGUGAUGCAAUGCAGGGAGGAGAGAAUCUACAAACAAUCACUCAGUUUUUAACCGCCUUAUCCGGCCUCGACACGUCGAACAUAUCCCUGAAGGCUUUGAAGCAAGUCAAGUCAUAUCAAGCCAAGUUGGACCAGCGGGCGAGCGCCUUGAAUGCGCCAAACAAGCGCCCUCAUAUCGAAAAGCCUUCCGCUGCUGGUAAUGCCGGCCUUGGCGAUCAACUCAUCCAGCCAUCCGGCGAAAACCCUUCCGCCGUCGCUGCUGGUAAUCUCUGCCUUGGCAAUCAACUCAUCCAGCCAUCCGGCAACCUGGCAUCAGCUGCUCGGACCUUGCCUUGA